AUGGAGAUAGGCUUACAAACAAACCAAGUAUCAGAUUUCGCAGUGUACGGCAUGGAGUAUCCAAAAAAAAAUUACAAGCAUCUUAUAAAACAAAAGAUCGGAGAAUUGUACAUUUUAGACAUCAAUGCAUUUAAUAUGUCAAAGGUUUGCGACUUCUGUAAUAGCAAAUACUUCAGAUAUUUCCAAGAUGCCAGCGGUAGACCCAACCAUCCAAUAUUAGCUUGCAACAACUGUAUUUUUUUUUGUAAUAGGGAUGUCAUGGCGGCAAAAAACAUGUUCUAUAUUGUGCAGGAAAUUUGGGGUGGCAACGGCGAACUUAAAGAUGCUUACAGUGCGAUUCACCGCGUAUUUCAAUUUGUCUAUUUUGCCUAUACCAUAAAGACCGGUACUCUUCCUUCUUAA